UGUGGACAUGCUUUGUGCAUGGCAGAGGAUUCUCCUGGGAUUGGGUUCCAAGGAGCUCCCAAGAACUUGCGCAAAAAUGUCUAUGCAUGUGUAUAAAUGACAUGCUCAAGAGCUGUACAGCUCUAGGACUCAUUUGGAAACAAGAAAAAAACACAGACAGUGUUGUGAACCACUUCACUGAUGAUCCUGUAAGAUUUUAGUCAGUUUAUCUAUGUUAUGUUCGCAACAAACGUUUCAUCUGCAGAUGGAGAUUUACAGUACAAGAAAGGGACACCAACCUAUGAUUAGAACAAGGUGAGUGAUUGUGUUAUGUUUUUCUUACUUGAUGCUCUAUGUACGCAGGGUCGAAUGACAGGGAAUCAAUGAGCUCAACUUGGGUCCUCGACUUACUUCAAUUCAGCUACAUUUCCGUUGCUCUUUCGAAGGACACGAGGUCUUGGUUCACCUUCGAUAGGUUCUUGGCUUCAUGGUAUUGAACGGAAAGCCGGUGAUCUUACCCCUAAUGGGCGCAUGCACCGGUUUCGAUUUCUGCAAUAUGUGUCUGGAAUAGGGCGGACACGGUGGAAAGAAUGGAGGUUUAUUCCUUUUCCGGCAGCGGUCUCGUCGUGGAAAAACAAGAUUCGUAGUAGAGGAUCAACAAUGGCUCCAUCGCCUUCUUUCCUACCUACUUUGCACCGGCGGACGUCGAAAGGACAUCCCCGGCCGCCUGCAAUUCCUUCCCAUCAUUUAUUUGUGCCUGGCCAUUCUCCUGCCAUUGCUCCGAUGAGCUCGAGGAUGAUAAAUGAUAAGAAAUCUCUUUCACCACUUCCAACCAUGACAUUACCACAGCUUCCUCCGAAUCAAGGAUGCACUUCCGUAAGCUGCACUGCCCCAUUGACUUACGCCCCUCCUGGCUCGCCCUGUGGCUGUGUUCUGCCAAUCGAAGUUAAACUUCGCUUCGGUAUUCCCCUGUACACAUUCCUUCCGUUGGUCUCCGAUCUUGCCGAAUGUAUCGCAGUUGCUACGUCGUUAAAUCGAAGCCAAGUACGAAUAAUGGGAGCGGAUGCAGCUGACCAACGGCUCGACAAAACCACCGUGCUUAUUAACCUGGUGCCUCUAGCUCAGAUGUUCGACUCUAGGACCGCAUUUUUUAUUUAUUCGAAGUUCCGGAACAGAAACCUUCCCAUAAAAGCAUUAGUAUUGGGCGAUUAUGAGGUGCUCUAUGUUCACUAUCCAGGCCUUCCGCCGUCACCCCUCUCAACGACCUCAGGAUCUACAACAGUCAACGUUCAACCGUUCCCUGGUGGUGGAGAUGACGAUGGACCGAUAAAACCGAUGGGAGUAUACGUGCCACGAAGAAGAAAGAACGACUCGAGCAAAAGUAUGGUCAUCAUUGUGAUCCUCUCGUCGGUAACAGCCUUCGUAGCGUGUGGAGGUUUUCUACUGCUGCUUUUAUCAAAAUGUGGCUUUUGUGGUUGCCUUCACAAACAAGAUCGACGAAGUUUAUCAUCAUCGGGCGAAAAGAUUUCAGGUUUAGGAAGCCAACCGAGCUCAGCUUCGAUGUCGUCAUUCAACUCUAGUCUUAUGGCAUACACCGGUGCGGCAAAGAUUUUCAGUGUCGAGGAUAUCGAGAGAGCCACGGAUAGGUUCAAUAUGUCGAGGAUUCUUGGGGAAGGUGGUUUCGGGAUAGUGUACGGUGGCACUCUCGACGACGGAAGAAACGUGGCGGUGAAAGUUCUCAAGAGGGACGAUCAGCAAGGCAGCCGCGAGUUUUUAGCAGAAGUCGAGAUGCUCGGCAGGUUGCAUCACAGAAACUUGGUUAUGCUGAUUGGAAUAUGCCCGGAAGACCAUCGUCGAUGUCUCGUCUACGAGCUUGUCCCUAAUGGAAGCCUCGACUCACAUUUGCACGGAGCUGACAAGGAAACUGGAACGCUCGACUGGUGUGCGAGGAUGAAGAUCGCAUUAGGCUCGGCCCGGGGCUUGGCUUAUUUACACGAGGACUCGAGUCCUCGUGUAAUACACCGAGACUUCAAAUCGAGCAAUAUUUUACUCGAAAACGAUUACACGCCUAAAGUCUCCGAUUUCGGGUUGGCUAGAGCGGCGAUGGACGAAAGAAGCAAACACAUCUCGACUCACGUCAUGGGAACUUUCGGCUAUUUGGCUCCCGAGUAUGCGAUGACGGGCCAUCUCCUAGUCAAGAGCGACGUAUACAGCUACGGGGUCGUGCUGCUUGAGCUCCUAACGGGGAGGAAGCCCGUCGACAUGUCGCGGCCGCCGGGGCAAGAAAAUCUCGUAUCGUGGGCGCGUCCGCUCCUCGCGACGCGACAAGGCACGGAAACGAUCAUCGAUCCGGAUUUGAAACCUGGCGUGCCGGUCGAUAGCUUCGCUAAAGUUGCGGCGAUCGCAUCGACGUGCGUCCAGCCGGAAGUGUCGCACCGGCCGUUCAUGGGCGAGGUCGUGCAGGCGUUGAAGCUCGUCUGCGAUGAGUUCGAGGAGACGAGAGACGUGGUUUCGAGAACCUGCAGUAGCAGAGGAUCGGAGGGGAUUGUUGUCGACGACUUGGAGAAAUGCGAGUCGACGGUCGAUAGUUGUGCGGCAAUAUCCGCGACGGAUUUGCAGAGUGCAUCGUUUGGGUUCCAGAGGGAGUCGGAAUCUUUCCGGAGACUGUUUAAUUCGGCGCCUCUGAAAGUGGCGCGAACUCGGAGCUUCUGGCGGCAGCUGAGAGGACUGUCUCGCGGCAGUGCAAGCGAGCCGGAGUUGUCGUCGACGCUGUAAGUCGGGGCCGUCGAUAUAUAUAUAUAUAUACACAUACAUACACAAGAUGAGGCUCCAACACCAUGUUAUAAAUGCAAAAAAGUAUAGAAAGAAAAAACCUGCAGUCUUGUUCAUAAAUCUUUGUCUUGUAUCAUCGUACAGAAAGUUACAUCGAACAAAAGAAGCCAGGGAAAGUAUAAAAAAAUUGUUCUUUAAA